AAAAAAGUCUUUAUACUUCUGGUCCCUUCCCUUCACUUUGCUGUGGUCGUGUACACAAACGCAGCUUUUGUUUCUUUUCCUCCUUAUCCCGUGCAAGACAGGACUCUCAAUGGGGACUCUUGGAUGCCCACUGUGCUGCCGGCAACAUUUUGAGUCUGUAGGGACCUUGCGAGAUCAUCUUAUUUACUACAUCUACCGACCACUACAGUGUGGAGUGUGCUGCCUCCAUUUGGCAGGUGUGCAGGAGUUCACGCACCACCUCACAUGUCACAUGGGAGAUGAACUGCCAGCUGCUGCCAAGCUGUCUUGUUCAAAGCCAUCAUUGCCUGUAGGUGAGUCUGAUUGCCAGGACUCCCCAUUACCUGCGGCUACUGGUGGUCAGGAUGGUGCCGGAACUGACUCUGAUGCUGGGAUUGGCACAACUCAUCUCUCAGAUGACUAUAGUUACAUGAAGGGAAGUGAUGCUGCAAACCAACUGCUGAAGCUGCGGGAAUGGCGGCUAGAGAAGUUAGGUAAAACCUUCAGCAGACAUCGAGCCUCCUUUGGCAAAUCUCCUGGGCUUUUGGAGCUAAGCCCAUCCAGUGGGAGACUACACAGAAGCAGCCCACCAGCAUCUGUGAGGGACUCGACCCACGAUAGAGGACCGUCCAGCCAGAAUAGCUCCUAUGUGGCACAAUCUGAUGUUCUCUUACUCAACAAAGAUAUUGAUUCUGUGGAGAGGUGUGACUCAUCUGCCACACCCCUUUCAGUUUAUGGGAAUGUUGGCUCUGUAGAACUUUCUGAUCAUAGUGUUUGUCCUCAGUCUGUGGGAAAGGAAAUGACAGAGGAAGCUGGGUUCUGCUCACCAGCACAACCAGUCAGUGCCUCCCAUGAAGUGCAUUCCCAUCCACUGGAAAACACAACCUCUUCCACAGUGAAACAAAUGGACUUGGCAGCUUCCCUUGUAGAGGAAAUGCCAAAUCCUUCUAUUAUAUCAGGGGGUGAAAAUUUGCCAAGUAACAAGAAUGUUCAGGGUUAUGGUCUACCAGAAUCCAGUAUGUCUUGUGAUGUCGAUGUGAGCCACCAACACAGAAGUGCUUUAUCUCCUUCACUUUAUGUUCCCACUUCUCAAGAAAUUGCUUCCAGUAGCCUCCAGUCUUCAAGAAAUGAAUUUGAAACAAUUCAGGGUUAUGAUAUUUAUGGGACUAAUUUUACUGAGUCACUUAAUAAAGCCCAUAAUAUUGAUAAUGAUAUAAUAAAUGCUGAGCAGUAUGAGGGUGAUAAAUUGCCAGUGCUUGAAACUAUGGAUUCCUCUGAUUUAAGUGGAGAUGCCUGUCCUCAAUAUCAUGAGCUCCAGCCACUUUCUCAUAGUAGGCAACAAAGGUGUUCAGAGACUGCUUCUGGCUUGUCUGACAUAUGGACACCUUGUCCCAAAAGUGGCAAUUCUGCAGUCCAUAAUCCUUCUGAAACCUUGAACACAUCUCAGUUCAAAAUAAAAGAUAGCUACACAUUAACUAAUUCCCAGUUAAUCAGCCUUGAGGACAAUUUUAGCAGUAAAACUACUAUUUGUAGUUAUUUGCCCACAAACAUUGAUGAAGGGAGUAUUUGUCCAGAAGUAAUGAACACAGGAAAGAAAAUGACAAAAACUGUUAACUCAGAUGACACUAAGCUCCUUCAGAAUGAUUCAUUGAAAGGGACGAGGAGCCACUCUAAUUUUUCUGGUGUUGAGUACACCAGUGCACUUCAUAGUUCAGCCUAUGAGGCUCAGGGCAUUCUAGAAAGUGAGUGUGAAGAACCUUACUCUUCAUUGGUUGAUACAAAACCUUACCUCCACAAGAAGUUUCACCAUGAUCAGGAGAGAAAGGUGUUGCCAAGUACAGGGGUUGAUCCAGUUGCUGAUGUGAGCCAAUACAUUAACAGCUUCCAGUCGGUGCUGGUAAGGAAGCUCAAUGGCACACUAAGUACUAGUAUUCCCAUGACUUCAAGUAUCUGCUCAGCAUCUGUGAUUAAACCUGAGAAAGAACUUAACCAACUAAAUCUAGAAGAACAUCCACCACAGGCCAAGGAACAUGUGUGUGAGGUGUGUCAUAAGAUAUUCAAAAACACAUCAACACUCCAGCUACACUGUAAAGAACAUGAAAAGGGGGAAGACCUAUGUGGUAAAGGUCUUUAUAGGAAAUGCCCCAAAGAUCCGUGUGAGAGCAAACAGGGAAAGAAAGAUAAGUUUCAGUGUGAUCAUUGUUCCAAAGUCUUCCCAAAGGCAUUCAAUAUCUCAAGGCACAUGAAGGAAGUGCAUGCUGUCAAGAAAUCUUUCUCAUGUAUUCAGUGCAGUAAAGCAUUUAGUAGCAAGAGGCAUCUGGAGGAGCACAGUGGAAUUCAUAAAGGUGAGAAAAUACAUAAGUGCUCCCAGUGUGACCAUCAGUGCUACACUGCCAGUGGACUGCGAACACACAUUCAAGAGAUUCACUCAUCAGGUUCAGAACAGCGUGCUCAUUGCUGUAAAAUCUGUGGAGAAAAAUUUGCCAAAAUAUAUGGACUAAAACGUCAUACACAGCGAAAACAUGCUGGGCAGCAGUUAGCAUGUAAUGUUUGCUCAAAAAUGUUUGCAUGCAAAGAGGAUUUGAACAAACAUAUUAAGUCUCAUCUAAGUGCUGGUACACUGAAAUGUGAUAGCUGUCACAAAACCUUUACCACAUCUUGGGCAUUACAGAGGCACUCAAAAAUACACCAGUCUCUGCAUUUCAAGUGCAAUUUAUGUAAUCUUAAAUUCACCCGAAAAGAUUCCUUGGUCUCUCACCUAAAGGUACAUUCACAAAAGAAGCCUUUUGUGUGCCAUUGUGGGAAACGUUUUGUCAAAAAGAGUCAGCUGAAGGCACACCAGGUUAAACAUAGUAAUAUUUCAAGAUAUACAUGUACUGUUUGCAAACACUCAUUCAAGUUCAAAGUAUCACUUAAGAAUCAUAGCUGUAAGACAAAAACUGUACAGACAAAGUAAAUGAACUUUGCCCACCAAUCUAGCCUAGGUCUCAAAGUGGAGUAGAUGCCACCUUUGGUUAUGCUGGUUAACAUUCCACAUGUCAGCAGCAAUGUUUGUUGUGCCUGCCAUCUUGCUGUUAUCUUUUUAGUACUCACAUUACUGUUUUUCAGUGAUGCUUAAUGUUAUAUAACACAUUUUAUGUCUUCUUUGUUCAAUUUUGUAUUUUAGUUUGGAUUUUGUUUUUGUUAAACAUUCAUAAGUAGUUUUCUUUCAUCACUUUAAAGUUAUGACCCCCUUCAUUUCUGCUUUUUCAUGAUUCCAGUUAUUCCAGUUAUUGAAUUCUAAAAUACUGUACUGUCUUACAAGAAUUAUAUUUUUCAAUUCCCAUCCACCCUAGUCUAUAUAUAUAUUUCUUGAUUUCUGAAUCUGUGAGUGCAUUCUGAAUAUACAUUUGUUUUGUUCUGGCUAUGUUAACAACAUUUCACCAUCUUAACCAAUUGAAAAUACCAUUAAAA